CAGAGGCCAAAGUAGCGCCAGCACUCGACGCAACGCCAGCAGGGGAAGUACUGUUCGAAGCACGUGACUACUUCGAAGUCCGAGAGCGCCAGUAUGAAUAUUUCGUCCGUCUUAAAGAUGGUGGUAACCACCGUAUGUUCCAACUACCUGCACAAUGGCACCAAGAUGGAGGUGCCCGAAGGUGAGCCGGACCCCGGAUGCAUCCUUCGAACACCGAAGCUAAUGGAGGGGAAGACUAUCAGAAUAGGGACGUUGGAAAAUCCUCCGUUGACGCUGACCAAUAAUACUGAUGGCGCUCUGGUUGGACAAGGAGUCAUUUUUGAGAUAGUGGAUAUUCUGAAGCAUAAGUUGGGCUUUAGCUACGAAGUGGUGAAGCCGGAGUCAAACAUACUAGGAGACGAAAAUCACGGAAUCAUUGGUCUUGUGCAUAAGAAGCAGGUGGACGUGGCGGUCGGCUACCUGCCGCAGUUCUCGCAGCACGCCAAGCUGGUGCAGCACUCGGAGAGCCUGGCCGAGGCGCCCUGGGUGUUCCUGAUGAAGCGGCCGCUGGUGUCGGCGUCGGGCACGGGCCUGCUGGCGCCGUUCGACGCCACCGUGUGGUACCUGGUGCUGGCCUCCGUGGUGCUGAUGGGGCCCGCCAUCUACUUCAUCAUCCUGGUGCGCGUGCGACUCUGCGCCGGCUCGGCGCGCCUCACGCGCAUCUUCCCGCUCAGCUCGUGCGUCUGGUUCGUCUACGGCGCCCUCAUGAAGCAGGGCUCCACCCUCAUGCCUGUCACAGACUCAUCCCGGCUGCUGUUCGCCACUUGGUGGAUUUUCAUCACACUGCUGACCUCCUUCUACACGGCCAACCUCACAGCUUUCCUGACGCUGUCGCGCUUCACCCUGCAGAUCACUGACCUCAAAGACAUAUCAACUAAGAAGGCGCACUGGGCGGCGCAGAAGGGCAGCGCAAUGGAGUACCUCGUCUAUAACAAUGAUGAGUACAGCUUCCUCAAUCUGUCGUUGCAAGCUGGAUACGGCCAGUUCGUCGACGUAAGCGACACUGAGAUGCUACUGAGGAUAAAAAAGGAUGACUUGGUUUACCUGAGGGAGAAACAGCACGUGGAACACACUAUGUUCAGAGAUUACCUGGAGAAGACGCGCAACCCCAAAGUGGAGGAGAAAGAUCGCUGCACUUUUGUGAUGACAAAGGUGCCUUUCUUGCACCUACCCAUCGCUUUCUACUAUCCGCUCAACAGCAGCUUGGCUCACAUAUUUGAUCCACUGUUGAAGGCACUGGUGGAAACUGGGAUAGUCAGGCACUUGCUGCGCAAGGACUUGCCACAGAUCGAGAUCUGUCCACUGGACCUGGGCAGUAAGGAGCGACAGCUGCGGAACUCUGAUCUGUACAUGACGUACAUGAUCGUCGUGACCGGCUUCUGCGCCGCUACCGUCGCCUUCUUCGGAGAAAUUCUUACACGUCAGGUAAAACGGUGUAUUGCUGAAGCAGAGCUGCAGGCAGAAGCAUCUGCAUCUUAUCCAGAUGACUGGAAAACUGUAAAGGCACAAGCCAACAGAGCACCGUACACAAUGUACUUAAAUGGGAAUAUAAUUAAUGUCAAACAGCCAGCCUACAGCAUUACAAGAGAUUUCCAAUCAUCAAGCAGAAAAUCACUGUCAAGGCAGAAAAACAGUAAUUAUGUGUUUCAAUACACAAGUUAAAUAAUACCAAUGAAGAAAAUUUCAGUAGUCAUAACAAGUAGAUUUCUUUUGUUCACACAACACGCAAAUGUCAUACGUAAGCUAGGGCAGGCAUCUAACAGCAUGAGAAACAGUGAAAAAAUAGUUCAGAUUUAUGCCACCAUCAUAUUAUCUUAAUUUUUUUCAGAACUACAGGUUUAUUUAUAUCACACUAAAGAUGAAGUAUGUAAGAGGGAGUACACUGAUGUUUAUCAGAGGCCACAGAAAGAAAGAAAAGUUAUUCUUCUUUUACAAAGUUUUCCUGUGCUUUUGUAGAUGAGAAAUGAAUAUAAAACUGUUUCAGUCUACUUUUAACUGUAAUAUUCUGUCUUCAUUUUUGACUUAUAUACAGGAUUUUACAUACAAGUUUGCUCCUCAUAGGUUCAAUUUUUAACAUUCUGUUUAAAAUACACCAUUUCUUUGUGUGAUUUAAGCAAAAUAUAACAUCAGUAUAGUUGAAGUGACAGCAUCUGAAAGAAUAAGUAGAAAUUAAUCAUAACAAACAUUCAUUUCAUUACUCACCAUUAACCCCAUAAAGAAUGUAAAUUGUACAAAAAUUGAACUAUAUCUUUUUUGUACCUUAGCCAUAUCCUUAAUAACUUUAUUUGUUCUAUAACCUCUUAAUAUAAUUCACACAUAAUGUUAAGUAUUGAUGUUCUUUGUUGGCACUUUUGUAAUAUCAUAAAUAUAGCUACCAAGAAUUAAAGGAGUAAUGUGUGUAGC